GCUGGGACCCCGCAGCAGGACACGCCUCUGGGCUGAAUGGAUCGCGCCGUGCGUAAAGUCCGACCUGCAGCGGAUCCAAACUUUUUGUUUUUGUUACUCCAUUUCACGCUUUUUAAUAAGCAUCCACUCUACGUUGUUGCGUCGCUUUCAGUCGAGUAAAUGCAGCGAUGACGCGAGAGGAAGAUCUCAUCCGGAUUGCAAAAAAACUGGACAAGAUGGUGUCUAGAAAUAACACGGAGGGUGCCAUGGACCUGCUGAGGGAACUGAAAGGUUUCAACAUGACACUCAGGCUUCUGCAGGAAACGAGGAUCGGCAUGUCUGUGAACGGUAUCAGGAAGCACUGCACAGAUGAGGAAGUCAUUGCCUUGGCGAAGGUCCUCAUCAAAGACUGGAAAAGGCUUCUGGACUCUGGCCAUUCUCACCCUGAGAAACCAUCUGAAAUGAACGGUCUGAACUCCAGCAAAGCAGCGAUGUCUCCGAACAGUUCGCCGUCUGAGACGCAGAGCAGGAAAGAGUCAUCGGAUAACAAAUUGUCUCAAAAACACUCCGAUGAAGCCAAGAGAGACAGGAGCGAUUCAUCCGACUGUAAACCAGUUCUGCCCAGAAAGCCCAGUGUGGACGUCAAAAAAGAAAAACACAGGAAGGACUCCUGCGACUCGAAGCCUGGCCAGCCUGUGAAACGUCACUCAGCUGACUCCAAACCUGACAGGCGGGAAUCCACUGAUUCAAAGAAAAGCAGCUCACCUCCAGCAAAGAAGCUAACAGCUGAAAGGAGAGAGUCUCAUGGCUCCAAGACCUCUCAGCCUGGACCUCCACAGAGGAAGCCCUCGACUGACAGCAGUGAGAGGAAAGGCAAAAGCGACACCCCUAAAACUCCCACCACCCCGACCAGCCCCAUGUCACCCGGCUUCAGUUCAGCCGGGGGUCCACUGCCCCCUCACCUCACAACCGGAGACUCCGUCAGAGACAAGUGCAUUGAGAUGCUGGCUGCUGCCCUGCGCACAGACAAUGACUACAAAGAUUUUGGAACUAACUGUGAAAGCAUGGCUGCAGAGAUUGAAGAUCAUAUCUACCAGGAGAUAAAGGCCACAGAUAUGAAAUAUAAAAACAGAGUCCGCAGCCGCAUCAGCAACUUGAAGGACCCAAAGAACCCUGGUCUUCGCCGAAACGUACUCGCAGGAAGCAUCGAAUUAAGCCGCAUCGCCUCCAUGUCUGCUGAGGAGAUGGCCAGCGAUGAGCUGAAGCAGCUGAGGAACGUUCUCACCCAGGAGGCCAUCAGGGAACACCAAAUGGCCAAAACGGGUGGCACCACCACCGACCUGCUGCAGUGCGGCAAGUGCAAGAAGAAGAACUGCACCUACAACCAGGUGCAGACACGCAGUGCUGAUGAGCCAAUGACCACAUUUGUCCUGUGUAAUGAGUGUGGUAACCGCUGGAAGUUCUGCUGAUGCCUUCCAGGUGAAUCCACAUGUUUUUUUUUUCUGAGCAUAUUGAACUGCAUUUUCUAUAAUGGGAGGGGGGGGGGAGUUUAUAAAUGAACUAUCGCAGCUUGUGAUUUAAACAGAUAAUAGUGUUCUUACAAUUUUUACUUGAAAUUUUGAGAUUUGUAAGCAUGUGCUUAUAAUCAAGGUUUGCUUUGUAUGGAACUGAAGACUGAGCAUGAACGUCAGUUAAUGACUGUUGGAGCAAAGAGUGCUGAUCACGGUGCUGUCACCAUGGAGAGACCAGCCAGUUAAUAUGCUGUGCCAUAUUACAGCUGUUCACUUUGUAUAUAUCCAAUUCCAAUAAAACUGCAUAGAUCAUCAGUACGAUGGCUUCCAAACUCACAUUUAAUAAAAAACAUUUGACAAUCAGUCUUUGUCACUUCCCAGAGUAUCAUCAUCAUCAUCAUUAAUGUUUAUCACUAACUGUUAUCACUACUUUUAAGCAUGAUUUGAGUGCACAUUUUAAAUUUUUUAUUUUUUUAAUUUAUUUGGGCAUUAUGACUGGUUCACAACAGUUCUGUAAACUCUGAUAAGUAUUUGGUUUUUAUGAUUUCAAUAAACACAUCUGGUUCGACCGAACUGAAGAAGAAAAGAAAGACUGAGCAAUGCAAACUGCACCUCAUCUACAAUGUGCUCAUGUUCCAGGAUUUUAACACACAGUAUAACUGACAUGUUUAUGAAUAAAUACAGAGUUAA